AUGUCGGAUUCAUCUCUUACUGAUCAAAGAAGACACAUGGAUGAGACUGCCAUGCGUAUGACGAGUUCAUCUGAGAUUUAUCAAGGUACGGAUGACUAUAAAGACCUGUCCAAGGAGUUAUUUAAGGCAAAAUCGCAUCAUAAUAUUAAAAGUGCUUCGACCGAGCGAUUUUUAAUUGAUUCUUAUGGAGAUCACAAUUGGCGUUCUUCGGAAUCUUCCCUGAUUUCUAAAAAAGAUCAAUGUGCUCACACAGUAGCUGAAGUGCCACCUGCCGUUCAAGCACAAACUGCUGUCUUGGCUCAAGCAGAGAGACGUAGUGAUCAAAAGAAACAGCUGAUACCCUUGAAGUUGGAGAAAGAUGCAACUUCGAUCGGUUACAAGACUGAUUGUGGCCUAAGUCAUUUGUAUCGAAGAUGCAAAAAUGUUGUGCUGAAGAAGAGACACAAAAAAUUCUGA